CACCCCACCAUCCGACUUUCAGUAUCAACAGACAUUCCCAACAUUGCCCGCAGCCCUAUAAAUUGCCACAAGCUCAAAUUUUUCUGCGUGUGACAAUUCAAACUUAUCUCAAUCGUCUAAAACCCAAAGUCUUGCUUUCUACACCAUCAAACUAUAGUCAAUGGAUACAGUUUCCUCUCAUCCAAAUUCUCUAGAAAUGCUUCUGAUCACUUGUCUUAUGGUUGAAAUUUUCAUGGUUGCUUAUGCUGGUAACUUCUAUCAGGAUGUUGAUAUCACAUGGGGAGAUGGUCGUGGAAAAAUUCUCAACAACGGCCAGCUUCUUACUCUCUCCCUCGAUAAAUUCUCUGGCUCAGGCUUCCAAUCCAGGAAUGAAUAUCUGUAUGGGAAGUUGGAUAUGCAACUCAAACUUGUGCCUGGCAACUCUGCUGGGACUGUCACUGCCUACUAUUUAAAAUCACAAGGAUCAUCCUGGGAUGAGAUAGAUUUUGAGUUCUUAGGGAACCUAAGCGGUGAUCCUUAUAUUGUUCACACUAAUGUUUAUACAAAAGGCAAAGGUGACAGAGAGCAACAAUUCUACCUCUGGUUUAACCCAACUGCUGAUUUUCACACCUACACAAUUCUCUGGAAUCCUGGACACAUUAUUUUCUAUGUAGAUGGUCGACCAAUAAGAGAGUUCAAAAACCUGGAGUCAGCUGGUGUUCCAUACCCAAAAAACCAACCAAUGAGAAUGUAUUCUAGCAUCUGGAAUGCUGAUGACUGGGCCACUAGAGGAGGCCUUGUGAAGACAGAUUGGAGCCAAGCACCCUUCACAGCUUCUUUCAGGAACUUCAAUGCCAAUGCUUGCAUCUGGUCUAAUGGAGUAUCUUCUUGCAGUUCAAAUUCAUCAUCUUCUAACAACCCAUGGUUCUCACAAGAGCUGGAUUCUUCUGGUCAAAAAGUGCUAAAAUGGGUGCAAAAGAAUUAUAUGGUAUACAAUUAUUGCAAAGACGCAAAACGAUUCCCUCAGGGCCUCCCUGUUGAAUGCACUGUCACGAACAGAAAAUAGAAUAAUAAGAUCCGACUACUUUCCGCUAGACAAUUCGAUACGAUAAUUGUUUCGAGUUGUUUGUUAUGAUCAUGUAAAAAUUUAAAAUUAAUACACUUUUUCGUUUUUGUGCUAUACUGGUGUAGCCAAUA